CUCGCAGACCUCGCGCACAGGGAAUAUCAGUCUGGAGACUAUGAAAGGGCCGAGCAUCACUGUAACCAGCUAUGGCAUCAAGAACCAGAGAACACUUCGACACUUUUACUCUUGAGCUCUAUUCACUUUCAAUGCCGUCGAUUAGAAAAGUCAGCAUACUUCAGCCAGCUCGCUAUUAAACAGAAUCCUGUUAUGGCUGAGGCAUAUUCAAACCUCGGCAAUGUUUACAAAGAGCGUGGCCAACUCAAGGAAGCAAUUGACAACUAUCGCCACGCAUUGAGCAUUAAACCAGAUUUCAUCGAUGGCUACAUCAAUCUGGCUGCUGCUUUGGUUGCUGCCGGUGACAUGGAAUCUGCGGUCAAUGCAUAUGCAUCUGCGCUGCAGUACAAUCCCGACCUGUACUGCGUCAGAAGUGAUUUGGGGAAUCUUCUGAAGGCUUUAGGUCGAUUGGAUGAAGCCAAAUCAUGCUAUCUAAAGGCUAUAGAAACUUGUCCCACAUUUGCUGUUGCCUGGAGUAAUCUCGGUUGUGUCUUCAAUGCACAGAACGAAGUGUGGCUUGCUAUCCACCAUUUUGAAAAGGCUGUGACUCUCGAUUCAUCCUUCCUUGAUGCAUAUGUCAACCUUGGAAAUGUACUUAAGGAAGCAAGAAUAUUUGAUCGUGCGGUAGCUGCCUACCUCAGAGCACUGACGUUGGCUCCAAACAAUGCUGUUGUCCAUGGGAAUCUGGCGUGUGUUUAUUAUGAACAGAAUCUGAUAGACCUCGCUAUAGAUACGUACAAGAGAGCCAUUGAGCUUCAACCUAAUUUCCCAGAUGCCUAUUGCAAUUUAGCAAAUGCUCUGAAAGAGAAGGGGAAAGUGAACGAGGCAGAAGAGUAUUACAAUACUGCACUUCGCCUCUGCCCUACCCAUGCGGAUUCCCUAAAUAACCUUGCAAACAUUAAACGCGAGCAGGGUAAAGCGGAGGAGGCAAUCCGCCUCUAUGUACGCGCCCUGGAAAUCUAUCCCGAGUUCGCUGUUGCUCAUUCUAAUCUGGCGAGCAUGUUGCAAUUGCAGGGCAAGCUCCAGGAGGCCUUGUGCCAUUACAGAGAAGCAAUAAGGAUUUCUCCCACUUUUGCCGAUGCUUAUUCAAACAUGGGUAACACCCUUAAAGAGCUACAAGACAUACAGGGGGCUAUGCAUUGCUACCAGCGCGCUAUUCAAAUUAAUCCCGCCUUUGCUGAUGCCCACUCAAAUCUCGCGAGCAUACUGAAAGAUGCUGGCAAUCUGUUGGAAGCCAUAAGCUCCUAUAAAACUGCCCUAAAGCUGAAGCCCAAUUUUCCCGAUGCCUUUUGCAAUUUAGCUCAUUGUAUGCAGAUUGUCUGUGAUUGGACUGAUUAUAAGAGUCGGAUGAAGAAACUCGUUUCAAUCAUUCACGAUCAAUUGGCUUCGAAUCGUCUACCUUCAGUGCAUCCGCAUCACUCAAUGUUGUAUCCCUUGACACAUGACCAAAGGAAAAGAAUCGCCGGGAAACACGCUUCUCUAUGUUUGGAAAAAGUCUCGUUACUUCACCAUCCUCCUUAUCGUCAUCCUAAAAAGCUUCAGCCUGGUCAGAGGUUGAAGAUUGGUUAUGUGAGCUCGGAUUUUUGCAACCACCCCACCAGUCAUUUGAUGCAGAGCAUCCCAGGUCUUCAUGAUCGCUCAAGAUUUGAAAUAUUCUGCUAUUCUCUUGCCUCUGAUGAUGGGACCAACUUCCGAGCCAAAGUUUCCCGGGAGGCCGAGCAUUUCGUUGAUCUAAGUGGAGUUAGUUGUCACGGUAGAGCCGCGGACAAGAUCGCCUCUGACGGCAUCCACAUACUCCUCAACAUGAACGGUUACACUAAGGGUGCGAGAAAUGAACUUUUCGCAUUGAAGCCGGCUGCACUCCAAGCGAUGUGGCUGGGUUACCCUGGUACAAGUGGGUCUACUUUUAUGGAUUACAUCAUCACUGAUGCGGUCACAUCACCCAUGAGUCUUGUUGAACAAUAUUCAGAAAAACUCGCCUAUAUGCCAAAAACGUUCUUCGUAGGCGACCACGCUCAAAUGUUUCCCCAUCUCCGAAAUCGUCUCGUGCUGGAGUGCUCAGAUUCAUCCCAAAGUCCUAAGGGGAUGCUAGAUAAUUCU